CCAGUUUCCCUGCCGGGCCGAGGGCUGGCCGUCGGGCGCCACUCCGGGUCGGCCUGCGGCGUGCAAGCACUUGCCUCUCGGGCUCCAGGGCGUGGGGUUUGGCAUCUGAGCUCGGGGCUCACGAGCCUCUGGCAAAGGGACUGCAGCUUGGUUCAUACUUUCCGCUUGAAACAUCUCCUCCCUUCCUUCCAAGCCGGGAGACAGGAAGUCAACACAUCGAGGGUGGGGUCCGGGAGGCCGGAUCUCACCAGCCUCUGGGCUGAGGCUCCUUCCUGCCGCCGCCAACCAUGGGGAGCCGGUGGGGCCUCCUGUGCGUCACGAUGCUGGGCUUUCUGAUGCGCACACAAGGUCAACGUGACUUUGACUUGGCCGACGCUCUGGAUGACCCUGAACCCACCAAGAAGCCAAGCUCAGACCUGUACCCAAAGCCGAGACCCCCGUACCAGCCCCAGCCCCAGCCCGGGAUGCCGGACCACGGUGGAGGGAUCUACCCGAGGCCCAGGCCGCCCCCGCCCCCGCGCCCGCGCCCGCAGCCCGGCAUUUCUGACGGCGGAGGAGGGUACUUUGGCAACACCGACCCGCAUGACGGCCGCUACCCGCCCAGGCCCAAGCCGCCCGCAGGAGGCGGUGGCGGCUACUACCCCGGCAAUGACGGCUACGGCGGCACUCACGGAGGCGGGCGCCCUAGACCCAAGACUUACGGGAAUACCUAUGGCGGAGAUGGACACUCGACUUACGGCAACCCCCAAGGCAACACGGUAGCGAAGAUCGUGUCUCCCAUCGUGUCGGUGCUGGUGGUGACGCUGGUGGGCGCGGCGGCCGGUUACUGCCAGCGCAACAGGAGGAGAAACUGUUUCACGCCAAACGAACCAGCGCACGUCUGAGGGCUUCGGGCCGCCUCGGGAGAAGCUCGGCGUGGACGGGGACUGCGUUGGCCGCUGCUGUGACAGUCCCUUUGGUGGUUGAGGUCACCUGUCGCCCUAGAGAAUCUCCUGUGGGUGCAGCCGAGACUCCGCGCAGAGCGUCCCUGGUGCACCGGGACACCUGAGCGCGCGUCGGGCCGUGCCACGAUGACGGCUGCGUCUGUCCGGGGCUCCCGUGGCCACGCCGCACACAUCUGCACGGUGUCCUGGGUCCCUGACACUACCUCUUGGUGCACAUCGCCUGCAGGGCGCAUGGCGGGGAAGGGGUGGCCCAGGGGAUAGGGGUUCGCGGGGUUCCCAGCAAGCUCUACAGGGGUGAUGGGAGGGGGGCCUGACCCAGAGAGCUCGCACCCGUGGGUCGGGCUGAUGUGGAAUGCAGGAUUCCCGCCACCCAGGGCCCGCGUGGACCCGUGCACCAUCCCGUGUCCAUUGCACACACACGGAGUCCGCGUUUCGGGAUUGUGCGCACAUUCCCGCUCCUGUCCAAGCCAUCCUGGGGGCCGGGGCGGGAGGUGGGGGGUGGGGAGCGGCCUGAGGAUGCUGUAUCUUUUCCCGUGAAACCAUAUAAUUUCGGUAUUUCUGGACCCAUCGGGGACGACGACUGCGAUCCGCGCCUCUUCAUUCUGUUAGUUUUCGCUCCACGUGCUGUAGGUCAUUGUGCUGUGGGCACCGCCAUCCUUAGUUGAUACUUUAAAUAUAGAAAACCUUUUCUUAGUUUAUAUCUUUUUUUUUGUAACCUUAGUAGUAGGAAACUUUAAAUGCUCAAGCAUCUAAAAUGCAUAUACUACCCAUUUGCUUCUAUUUUAGGAAUAUUUUAGGGGAAAGGAGAAAGGGUCGUUUGGGUUUAUCUGUAUAAUUUCAUCCCACUUAGGUAAAUGCUUGUAGAGGUUUUGGACUUUGCCCGAAAUAUCGGGAUAGAGACAAUCAUUGACGUCUGGAACUCACCGAGAGAACCCAGGAAAGUCCUAAAUACGCAUAUUUUGCACUCAGCAUGAUGGAUUGGGAGCUCCGGCUCCAAAGAGCAGGUGCCCAAAGCAGAAUGCCCCGUAAUAGAGCUUCGCAAGGAGAAAAAGGAACUCACAGCUCAUAGUGUCGACGUAGGGUUGCUCAUCCGGGGACUCAGGCCUCAAGUGAGUGGUUUUAAGACGGCGGCAGUGGUUCCCACGGGGAGAGGAAGGUCCCACGGUGCCUCUUGACUGUCACAAGAGAUGCAUGGCCGGUGCACACUUUGUGCAUGUGUGUUCCGGUGUGAGCUCCUUUCAACUGUGGUUAGAAGUGGGUGUGAAUGUGUGCACGUGCACGUGUGUGGACGCGCGUGCGGACACACACUCCCACACGUUCACAUACACACCUACAUGCAUUACGAAACACACACAUCCUUCUGGUUGGCUUAUUUGUUUGUUUCCCUGUAACUCUCAUAAAUACAUCUUCGUCACAGCCAAUAAAUGUCAAGGGAAAAAGAAUACCCCA